AUGGAUAUAUAUUUCACGGCUCACCAGCCAUGGAUUAAGUGGAUCACUUGUAAUGUACAAACUGUUAUUUCUGGAAUGUUAUCUAAUACUCGUUGGGAUGAAACUGAUGUGCAAACAUUAGUUUGGGAAG